AUGAGAGCGAUUUCUAGUCGUGUCCCGUCAAAGAAAAUAAAAUGGUGCUGGUCAUCGUUAUUGAGGAAAUCUGAUUAUAGUAAUGUAAAUGACGUCUCUAAGGAUCAUGAAAUAUUAAAUAUUUUUUUGCCUACUCUCAGUUUUUUUGCUUGUCAGACACUUUUCUCUCAUAAAAUGGAGCCAAUAACAGAGGCAGCAAAGGAAAGAUACAGUAUCAAAAACAUCUUAUUCACAAAGGCAAUGUCCAACUACAAAAUACCCAUAAAUACUCUUGGAUACAAAGUAUUUUCAUGCACUGAUUGUGGAGAUAGAUUUAUUUUUGAAUCAAGCUUAAUGGUACAUCGAAACCGGAAAUCCUUGUUAAUACAAUACUUCUGCAGAUGUUGCAGCCAGUUUUAUGAAUUUUACAAUAGAUGCCACUUCCUUUCACAUGUACGUUCCCAUGUUUCCAAAACAGCAACUAUAAAUUUAAGUGAUUUAAAAGUAGAACCAUUGCCACUAACUGAUACAUCUGAAAUCUCUAAAUCACAAAAUGUGGUAGUUAUCCAUUCAUCACACAUAGUUUUUUGUUAUGAAUGCAAGGAAGGCAUAACUGUUACUGGAAUAGAUAAUAAAGACAGAAGUCAACACUACAUGCGAAGUACACUAACAAUUUUGACUUGUCCAGUGUGUCUGUUUACCGUACCAACAUCUUGCGCACUUAUUGCUCAUUUGCGGGUACAUUUGAAAUCACGUCCUUUCUAUUGUUGUGAAUGUGGAGAGGAAUUACCAAGUUCCUCUUGCAUAUACCCAUACCAUCACGACUGUGAAGGUUUUAAAAUGAUGAGGGUAACAUCGAGAAUCAAGUGCAUAAAACAUUCAUGCCAAAUUUUUCAUCAUAACAAUUAUGCGGCUCAUAUGAAACUCUGUCAUGUAAGUAGGAUAUUUAAAUGCCCCAACUGCUCUCUGGCUGGGUAUAAUGAAAAUUCAGUUUUUAAACAUGUAAUGAGAUGUUGUAAUAAAACCAAAUAUCCAGUAUAUUAUGAAUGUCACCUAUGCCCUGGUAUUUUCUUAAGCUCGACUCAAUUAAAUAAGCAUUUAGAGAAUCAUUUUACAACUUUAAAAAAGGAUGAUAAUAUGCAAAUUUACCCAUGUUGGGCCUGUAACAUUAUAACUUCUUCCAUUCAUUCCCUAAUCCAUCACCAUAUUUGCAAACAUAGGCCUCAGGCAAUAGACUCAUUAGUAAAAGUCAUAAACAAUACGGAAUAUAAAAACUGCACAAAGUGUUUUAAGAAAAUAUGCCAUUGGAAAGAGAAUGAUGAAGUUGUUUGUAUAUAUUGUACACAAGAUAAUGCUACAAAGCAAGAUGAACAAGACAGAAGUAAUCUUCAUAUACAGCCGCAAAUAGUGUGUCAUUUAUGUAAGAUAAAAGUAAAUGAAAACUGGCCUGAUAUAAAAGAGCAUUUUAAAGAAUUUCACACUAACAUUAAGUGUUUGGAUCUCAAAUUAGAAUUGAAAAGAAUAACUCACAAAAGGAACAAGCAAAAAAGUACUGGAUUAAACCCGAUAGGUAAAAUGAAAGUGUCCAAGCAUUUUAAACAAAAGAAAAGGGUUAACAGUGUCAAUGUAAACUUGAAAAAAAAUGAGACUCCGCCUGCAACAAAUGUUAAUAGACAAAUAACAUAUUUAAUUUGUCCUAAAUGCAACAUCCAAUUAGGAAACAUUGAGACUUUUGAGUCCCAUAUAAAGACUCACAGAGAUACCAACAUGGCUUUUCAAUGUUUGGAAUGUGGGGAAAGCUUUGCUGUAAAACGUUCAUUCUCAACACACUUAGUAUUGGAACAUAACAUAGUUGAUGCUGAUGGUUAUAUAGAGGCCAAAAAUUGUUUUAAUGACAAUACAAUGCAAACAUAUAAGGUUACUAGUGACAUUCCAGAAGAUUAUCCAUUGGAAGAAAACCAGUGUAGUAUUUGUAGGGAUAAAUUCUCUGAUGCCACUUCUUUAGAGAAACACUUCAGAGUUCAUGGAAUGGCCUUCUUAAUUAAAAAUACACAAAAAUCUAAAAGUCCAUAG